AGAUUCAAGACCCCCCCAUCACUCGACUGAAGUCUCUCCUUUCUUGCCCUGAUAGCGGGCGCAUCCUGUACACCACCAUAUCUGCUACAAGCCUUCAACCAGAACUACGCUUCAACAUGUCGACAGCUGCUCCCGAGGAUGGCGGGUCCAACCCCGAGAGAUUGAAAGAUAAACUCAAGCAUCCUUUCGACCAGAUGCGUGAGAAGUUCCGAGACACAAAACUCUACGAUGUGAAGGUGGGAUUGAGCCACAAGAAGUAUGAGCUUGGAAAGUUUGGAAAUCUAUUCAAUCCGAAUCACCGACAUGACGAAGAACACGAGCAAGUCACCGACGACAAGAGAAAGAAGAUCUGUGAGAGCCACAGAUUUCAAUCCUUUGCACCCGAACGGCCCGGAAAUAAUAUCAAGUGGUAUGUCGAUGGUCGGGAUUACUACUGGGCUGUCUCGAUUGCUCUCGAGCGCGCCAAAGAGACCAUAUAUAUUGCGGAUUGGUGGCUAUCUCCCGAACUGUUUAUGCGGAGGCCCCCAUACUUCAACCAGGAAUGGCGGCUGGAUCAGAUAUUGAAGCGCAGAGCGGAAGCGGGUGUAAAAAUAUACGUGAUUGUCUAUCGUGAAGUCGAGGCCGCAAUUACAUGCAACUCCGAACACACAAAACAUGCCCUUCAAGGCCUCUGUCCCAAAGGAACCAAAGGACACGGGAACAUCGUGGUCAUGCGCCACCCUGACCACAACGUCUUAGAGAACGCCGCAGACAUGACCUUCUACUGGGCCCAUCACGAAAAGUUCAUCGUUAUCGACUAUAAUCUAGCGUUCAUUGGAGGGCUCGACCUCUGCUUUGGAAGGUGGGAUACUCACCAACAUCCUCUCUCUGAUGUACACCCAGCGGGUGUUUCGAACGAGAUCUGGCCUGGUCAGGACUUCAACAACAACCGGGUUAUGGAUUUUCAAAGUGUUGAAGACUGGAAAUCGAACGAACUGUCUAAAGCCGAAUAUGGACGGAUGCCAUGGCAUGAUGUUGCUAUGGGUGUGGUGGGGGACUGCGUGCUCGAUAUUGCAGAACAUUUUGUUCUACGAUGGAAUUUCAUCAAGCGUGACAAGUACAAGAGAGAUGGUAGAUACAAUUGGUUGACAAUGGAAGGCCGAGAGGGUCCCGAUGAGGACUUGGUUGGAGUUCAACGACCCCGAUUCCCUGUGGGCGAUUACAUUCAUCACCCGCUGUCACCUCUGAGUAGCAAGGCUCUAGGGAAGCAAGGCACAGUUCACGCACAAGUCGUUCGAAGCAGUGAUGACUGGUCGAGCGGUAUUCUCAACGAGCACAGCAUCCAGAACGCAUACACUGAAUUGAUUCGCAACGCACAACACUACGUCUACAUCGAAAACCAGUUCUUCAUCACCGCAACCGGGGACCAACAGCCGCCUAUCAAAAACACAAUCGGGAGAGCCAUCGUCGAUGCCGUCGUGCGAGCCGGAAAAGAAGGACGGAAAUUCCGUAUUAUUAUACUCAUCCCAGCCGUCCCCGGAUUUGCAGGCGAUCUCCGAUACGACGCUGCUAUGGGAACCAGAGCGAUCAUGCAUUAUCAAUAUAUGUCCAUCUGUCGGGGUGAGCAUUCCAUUUUUGAGCAAGUCCGAGCCCAGGGCGUGGAUCCUACUCAACACAUCUUCUUCUUUAACCUCCGCUCCUAUGAUCGUCUAAACAUCACUCCCGGUCUCAAAAAGCAAGAGGAGGAGGCUGGCGUUAAGUACCAGGAUGUUCAGAGGGCUGAAGCCAGGGAGAUUAUGGACUCGGGAAUCCAGGGUUCACGAGAUCAAGAUGAAGGCGCGGAUAAGCACAUGGGCAAGAGAAAAGCUCUCGAUCCACGCAGUGACUCUGGGGAUGAGGAAGAAGAGAAGAAGACAGACGCCAAGCGCAAAUUCGAAGCAGCAGCCAAAUCAAAUGAGCUUGAGCCACAGAGCGCAGACAGUGUGGGCAAGAACUCGAUGUACAACACUCCAAAACUUGAAGACGAGCCUUGGGAAGGCGAUCCGAAAGCUGAGGUUGAUAACUGGAUUCAGGAGGAAUUGUAUAUUCACGGCAAAGUAAUGAUCGUAGAUGACAGGACGGUCGUUUGUGGGAGUGCGAAUCUCAAUGAUAGGUCCCAACUCGGCUCUCAUGACAGCGAGUUGGCUAUUGUCAUGACGGAUACCAAACCCCUGGCGUCGAAAAUGGAUGGGAAAGAAUACGAAGCAGGAUACCACGCAGCUACUCUCCGACGGUACUUGUGGAGAGAGCACCUUGGUCUUUUGCCUCCACAGGAGUUAGACGCCAGCAAGGACCCGAAUGCGCAGCCGCCGGAUGUGCCGAAUGAUCCCCACGAGGGCGAGACAUAUGAAUACGUAGCCGAUCCUCUCGGUGAUGAGCUCUGGAAGAUGUGGACCUCGCGGGCUACCAAAAAUACCGAAAUCUUCCGCCAUCUCUUCCAUGCUGAUCCUGACGAUUAUGUCAAAAACUUUGACGAUUACGAUAAAUACCUCCCAUCUAAGGGCAUCAAAGCCGGCCAUAUCUACGACAGGAUGAUACCACCGGACGAAAUCCGGAAGAAACUGGAUAUGAUCAAGGGUCAUCUUGUGUGGAUGCCGAUGGACUUCCUGAAGGAUGCAGAGAUGGCAGAGACGGGAUUACAGAUUAAUGCAUGGACAGAGAGUAUCUAUACUUGAACGCAGAUUGGGUUUCUGGGUUUCUGGGUUUGCGGGUCUAAGGUCUGGGAUCUUGACGGAGGCGGGCUGAGAGGUUCAAAUCCUUUUUCGUCGAACCCUCUUUCGGGUUGCCUGGUCGACGACACGUGAAAAAGGGGGGUCAGGUGACCUUAGGUAAAGAACAAUUGGAAUCGGUACCUUCAAUAACCAUCCAAACUCAAUGCAAUUAUUAUGAUCAGACGCC